AAAACUUUGAAAGCGCUUUCAAUUCGAUGGCGAGUGUUUGACAAACAAUUAGUAAAAUUGUAUUAUUUCAAGGUGUGCUAUAUUGUUAAAUAUAUUGUUUGUGCUUGGCCUAGGCCUGGUGCUCAGUUGUCGGAUUCACCUUGUUGAAGCCAUGGGCGGCAACAUGUUUUGAUUUCCUCGCCAUCAGAUACGCGCCACUCGCUUCCAGAUACGGAAGUCCUCGCAGCAUAAUCUUACAAACAGCCAACUCUCAAGAUGGUCUGGUGUUUUGGUAGAAGACCAACCAGCGUAUGCUGUAUGCGUUUAAAAUUAACUUUAGAGCCAUGCUUAAUUCCACUCUCACCCUUACUUCCAUCCUGAAACGUUUCAUGAGAGUAAAGAAACACAUGAUUGCAGACAGAAAGACUAACAGCCACGAACCGAAACAACUAAGUUCAGCGGCCUUGAUGACGAGGGACAACAAUUAUAAGGGAAAAUACUUGGGCACAGGAACUAACUUUCAAGAUCACAGCAAUUGUUAACACCAAGGAAGGUACUUUGGAAUGGAAAAUCCCAGACUGACUGCAUCAGGCUUCAUUACACAAGGAACCAAAUUUGGACCAUUCCACGGAAUUAUAAAGAAAACGACAGAGGAAGAUUCUCAGUUUAUCGACCAAGAAGGUGAAUGGUACAGACUGACAUUAGAUAAAUCAAAAACACCGCCAAACCAAGCAUGGCUAGCUCAGCUACAGUCAUCUGGAAGUGGCCAAUACAAUUUGAGAAUCUUCCAAGAAGAUAAGUGGUUAUGGUGCAAAGCAGUUACUGACAUUGAGGAAGGCCAGCCGUUGACUGCUAUAUACGAAUCUGAAUCAACAAAUAUGCAUACAAACAAUGAUGCUUCCAAAGUGCCUUUAAAAAAGAUCUGCAUUUGCCAGUUUUGCCACAUUCAGUUCCGCAAUCCAGCUAAUCUACAAGUGCAUGUUCAACACUAUUGUCAAAAAGUUGAUGUUUCAUCAUCAGAUACGGAGGCGCUGCAAAAGACAAACAAGAAUAGUGACGCCCAAGAGUUCGUCUGUCAGCUCUGUCGAUCUACAUUCAGUAACCAUAGCAAUUGUGAAACGCACAUGAUCAAGUUGCAUGGUGAGACUGAAUCUAAUCUUUGUAAAUUCUGUACCUAUAUUGCCAGUAAUAUGCAAAGCUUGAUAGCUCAUAUGUUCCAGCAACAUGUACUUGUCUACGAAAACAAUGGUUGCACUUCUUCCAAAACAAUUGAAACAACUCACGAGUUGAAGGUUGUUAAUGAUGAUAAAAUGAAAUGUAAAGUCAAGAAAGAGAUUGAUUCACAGCCUGAGGUGAUCAAUAGUACGCAAGGGGUCCAGACAGUUACGUCAUCUGAUGUAUGCAGUUCAAACUCAGUACAUGAACAUUUGAAACCAACAUCAGUGGACACUGAUUGUUGCUCUUCAAGCGAAGGAGAUAAUUUAUAUCAAUGUGAAAAUUGUUCAUUUAAAACACAUCUUCAAUUGAUCUUUGACCAACAUGAAUGUAAUAAGAAUGACACUGUUAAAAAGACCAAAAAAGAAAUUAGUAUUGAUGACACAAAGGCAACAGUAUUGCUUUCGGUAGAUGAUGUCACUACCACCAUAAAAAGAGAAGCAAGCGUUCCACAGCAAAAUGUGCUAUCUUGUACUGCAUGCAACAUCACCUUUAAGUCCAUCAGAAAUUUCUCAGCUCAUAAAACAUACUAUUGUGCUAAUCGCCAAUUUGCAAAUGAUUUAUACAUUGCCAAGCUACAGAAAAGGCAAAGAGGUGCUGCCCUGAGUGAUGAUGAGCCUCUUCAGAAGAGGUCAAAAAUGGACAAUCCAACAGAUUCUUCACCUCACCAGGAACACUCACCAGAAAGUGAAAUACCUGCAAGAUCUGCAUCAAUCUCGAUUGAGCAAUGUGGAAAUGCCAUGCCUAUGCUAUGCUUAUCAAGACCAACUUCAAGAGACUCUUCAGAUUCCGAUCUCCACAUGUUGACUGAUAAACAAAUCAAAAACAAUGCAGCUUCACAAGAAAAACCCCUUGAUUUAAGUGUUCGAAAGAGCCCACCAUCUAGUAGCCAGGUUUCUGAUUCCGAAGUGCCAUUAGUAAGACCAACAAGUCUUAAUGUGCAAAUUCCAAGGGCAAUAGUGCUUGGUUAUAAAUGUAUUGAAUGUGAUAUACUAUUCCACAAGCAAGAGUCAUUGAAAGUUCACAAACAAUACUACUGUGCAACACGUCAUCAACCGUCACCACAAAGACCAUCACCGCUAAGAAAUUCCUCUAAGAACGGUUCUUUAAGUAGGAGUACAUCAAAGUCUCCAGUUUCUCCAGCAGCAAUACUGGAAAAAGAUGAUUUAUGUAGUUCACCAGGGAAGAUGUCACCAGAUUCAAUCCAGAUGGAUUUGCAAACAUCAUUCUCUAAAAGUUUACCAUCAAAUGGAGAAAGUGAAGCUCGUAGUCCAUCACCCCCAAGUAGAAUAUCACAACCAUCUUCCUCUGCAUUUAGUGGAAUAAGAGUAGAACAUGGAAGAAAUCUUUCUAGUCCCAGACAAGCAGAUAAGGGCUCUCCUGGAAAUGCGACAACCCCAACAUCAUCACAACCUGGAGCUGCUCAACUAUCUGUUUCAACAAUGAUCUCUGCAAGUACUUUUGCAGAUAGUAGACCACCAGGCAACUUGGUGAUGCGAUAUCACACAACUCCUUAUCAUGACACAAUGGUUACCUCCAAAGAUCUACAGAGUAAUUUGUCAACACGUGGGCAGCGAAAGAUAUACUGUGUUUGUGGAGCCGUGUUCAGGAACUAUGAUAUCUAUGUGGCACACAAAGAGAAUUAUUGUUCAUAUAGAAACAUGGUGUCAAGCUCUCUAGCAAUUCAUACAACUAUUGAGCAACCCACUUCUCAGAAUGAGGACAAUGAUAAGAAAAGUCAGAAGGAGUCAUUUGUCUGCAAUAUCUGUCAGAACACAUUUGGCAGUUUUGCAGACUUUAAGGAUCAUAAAUGUGUGUCAUGUGUGUGUCCUGCUUGUCCAUAUGUUGGCAGUAAUCUGAAUCAGCUUCAAGAGCAUUUUAAGGAUCAUCCCGGUUUGCUUCUCGACUCUGCAAGUUCAAAUAGUUUUCCAGAAGUCACUCAAGCUCAAGUAAAUGCUGGUACAUCAGAACCUGCAAGAACGGCGCGUGAAGGCGCAAAACGACGGAAAUCAACAACACCACAUGCACUGCACGCCAAACAGGCCAGACUUGAUGGCCUUGCAGUUAAGAUUGAAAAGGACACCGAAACAUUUGGCGAGCAUUCAGUCACCACAAGUCUGCUUGGACAUACACCAAAUCGACAGUCUGUCAUAACAACAGUUACAACUAAUCCAGACAAUGAUUCUGUUAACAUCAUUAACUGCUCGCAUAAGGUGGUUGAUGUUCAAUCCAGUGGUACAGACCAAAAUAAUGAUGAGUCUUUGGAAUUUACUAAAUCAAAUUCUAUAUCCCCGGAAGCUCCAGAGAGCCCAACAGAGUCAAAUACGACAGGGGAAUGGGAAGAUAAUUGCGAUAGAGGAAAUACAUGGAAGAAAGAUUCAACAAUAACUGCAGAUGUAUCAUCAAACAGUUUAAAUACACAAAAUACGGAGUUGGAUGCAGCCAGUGAGCAUGAAAGGUUAGAAACAAAUGGUGCUGGAGAUGAAGAUUCAAUGAAAUCUUUGAUUAAGAAAAGUAACAAAAGUAAUGCAAAACUUUGUCGCACUUGUGACCUUCAUUUUAACAAUCUGUCAACAUUCAUUGCUCAUCGGAAGUAUUACUGUGGUGCUAGCAAUCAGACGACCAAAAUAUAGACUGCAGAUUUUUCCUUGGUAGCUGCAUGAACAGUGGCAUAACUAUAGAGUCUUGAAAUGGGGGGUGGGGGGCUGAUGAGUGCUCGAAGGUGAAGUCGGGGUCUCAAAUAAUAAGUGAGGGUGAGCUAGCUCGCAAAAUAGGGUGAUAUGAGGUACUUUUUAUUUGUGAUUUUUUUACUUCAAACAUUUUUAAUGGGGCGGCUGGGAGCAGGGGAACAACUUUUUUCAGGAGAUGUGAACCCCCGCCCUUGUCAAAAUAUGUCAUGGUGCAUGAAAUAUCCAAAUUUAAUAAGCAAGAACAGGGAAAUAUACAUAAUAAUACAUUAUCGUUAAAUACAUGUAUUGGACCUGUAGUAUGGUUGUUUAAAUCAUCAAAUGACGAGAUUUUUUUCUUGUGACCUAUAUACAACUCCACUCCUAAUGGGCCAUUGUUUAUAACAUCAUGUGUACAUACAGUUUGUGUAUGUCAUUGUUAAAAUGACUGCACUUAAUACAAAAAAUUCAGUGAAAUAUUAACUGCUGUCAGUUCUUAGCCCGUGUGCAUAAUGAACACAUUUGAUGUGUCUUCUUCCCACUAGAAGAUGACACAAGCUUGUGAUUUUUAAAAGUAUGAUAUGAUAUUAAUUAUUUAUAAUAUUUUAUAGUGUGCUUAUUCAGACAUAUACAUAGAAUUAGCUCAUUAGUACGCUUAAAAAAUUUGAGUUAUUAUUCUGUGCAUCUGAAACCAGCAAAGAUAUAUAACUGUAUAAAAUAGGAAUCAAGUUUCAUGUACAUUAGUAUAAUUUUUAUACUGUAAUAAAUACUUUGAAUUUGUAGAUGUUUUUGAUAUUUAAAAUUGUAAAUAAACUCCAAGAUGGGGACUGCAUGACUUGUUAUUUACCAGAAAUCAAUACAUUUAUUAUAUGA